AUGAAGGUGGCCCAUAGAAUCAUUGAUUCGCUCGUCACCCCUAGAGAGGAGAGAAGCACCAUCAGCGAGCUAGAGCUCAAAAUCCUUUAUGCAAUGGCUCAUCCUGAGGACAACCUCGUUCCUCAUUAUGGUCAAUUUUUGUUCCACAAACUCCUCUGCAUGAGCACAUCCCGACCGCGAAAGAUUUAUUGCGGGGGUAUUGUCAGCGUGCUCGCCAAGAGCGCCCAAGCCCGAGCCCCAUACCCUGGUCCCCACCAUCCACUGCCGGGUGAGCCUUAUCUCACCACUGCUGUCAUUGAGUCCAUGCGACUGUUCCGUUCGGCAACGGAUGACACAUACCACAAGAACGUAGGUCAAAAUCAUGAUCCAAAGCUCCCCAUCACACCAGAAAACAAAGGCAUUCUUGAUCUCCGAAACCCCAUUCACAUGACCGAUUAG